AUGAGCUACCAGCAGAAGUACCGCCCAGGGGACCCCAACAACUCUCAUGACCCCGCGGCUAUAACUUCGGGCGACCACCAACGAGACGUUGCUGCCGCACAGCAGCGCAUGAUGAACGACCCCGCGAUGGGUAGUCUAAUGCAACAGAUGAUGAGCGACCCGUCCAAGAUGGAGGCGUUUGUGAAGAUGAUGAAGGACGACAUGGAAGACGCAAAAGCGCGCGGUGAGACUAUGGAGGAACGAGUGAUGAGAGAGAAACGCGAGUUCGCGCAGGAUGAUGCUGUCAGCGAAAGACUGAAACUUAAGGGAAAUGAGGCGAUGCGUUUGGGAGACGUGAAGCUCGCUUUCACUUACUACAAAUCUUGCACGCUCAAAAGCGCACACGAGCCUGUUUACUGGCUCAACCUUUCCGCUGCAUGCCUGAAGCUGAAGAUGUACGAAUGGGCUGGAAAGACUGCUCAUGCGGCUAUAGACCGUGACGGCAGCAAACCCGGGCCACCAAAGGCCUUGUUUCGACGCGCUCUAGCGCGUCGGUUCCUAAGCCACCUCCCGGAAGCAGAGAAAGAUAUACAGGAUGCUCUCGCUCAGCUGCCGCAGGACGCCGCGAUUCAGAAGGAGCGCGAUGAGAUACAUGCGUUGCAGGCGAAGUCGCCUGAAGAGCUUCAGCAAUGGCUCCAGGACAACCCAAACCAGACAUUGAAGGACGUAUUCGGAGUUGAGAACGAGGUUGAGUUCAACAAAAUCGCAGAAGAGUUACGCGAAAAGGAAGCGAGAUCAGUCUAG